AUGGUGAUGGACAUGCGCAGCUGUCGCUACCCCGAGGGCCCGUACCAGCCGCUGCCGGCCGGCUACGCGCCGCUACGUGACGGCGCCGCCAGUCCCGGCUACGGCCAGACGUACCCGGCGUACGCGGGCCGCGGCGGCGCCGACAGCACGGCGCCGCCCUACAGCCCCGACACGUCGGACUACCCGCACGCCUUCAGCGAGGAGGAGCACGCCGAGCACGACGAGCACGUGCCGCACGUGCUGGCGCCGUCGGCGCACGGCCACGGCCAGCGUCGCUGCCUGCCCUGGGCGUGCAAGGCGUGCAAGCGCAAGUCGGUCACCAUCGACCGAAGGAAGGCGGCGACGAUGCGUGAGAGACGCCGGCUGAAGAAGGUCAACGAGGCGUUCGAGAUGCUGAAGAAGCGCACGUGCGCCAACCCGAACCAGCGGUAUCCGAAGGUGGAGAUCCUGCGCGCGGCCAUCGAGUACAUCGAGGCGCUGGAGGAGAUGCUGCGAGGCGCGCGCGGUGGCUCGGGCGCCGCCUCGCAGCCGGAGGAGCCUCGGCCCGAGGCGCCCAUCAACCCGGCCGCCAGCUACGGCAUGAGCAGCAGCACUGCGUACUACAAUACCCGGCAGAGCAGCUACAGCAGUCCGGAUAGCUAUACGCCCCUAACAAAUG